AUGCUACGGAAGCGGCAUUUAACAAUUCAUACUGGCGAAAAGCCCUAUUCGUGUGAAUAUUGCUUGAAGGCAUUUUCUAAUUCUUCAGGUUUAAAGAAACAUUUAAGAGUCCAUACUGGCGAAAAGCUCUAUUCGUGUGAAACUUGCUCAAAGGUAUUUUCUAAUUCUACACUUUUAAAGCAACAUUCCAGAGUCCAUACUGGUGAAAAACCCUAUUCGUGUGAAUGUUGCUCAAAGGCAUUUUCUAGUUCCUCAGAGUUGAAGCAACAUUUAAGAGUCCACACUGGUGAAAAACCCUAUUCGUGUGAAUGUUGCUUAAAGGCAUUUUCUAAUUCUACAGUUUUAAAGCAACAUUCAAGAAGCCAUUCUGGUGAAAAGCCCUUUGUGUGUGAAUAUUGUUUGAAGGCAUUUUCUAUUGCUUUCUCUUUAAGGCGGCAUUUAACAAUUCAUACUGGUGAAAAGCCCUAUUCGUGUGAAUAUUGUUUGAAGGCAUUUUCUAAUUCUUCAGGUUUAAAGAAACAUUUAAGAGUCCAUACUGGCGAAAAGCUCUAUUCGUGUGAAACUUGCUCAAAGGUAUUUUCUAAUUCUACACUUUUAAAGCAACAUUCCAGAGUCCAUACUGGUGAAAAACCCUAUUCGUGUGAAUGUUGCUCAAAAGCAUUUUCUAGUUCCUCAGAGUUGAAGCAACAUUUAAGAGUCCAUACUGGUGAAAAGCCCUAUUCGUGUGAAUAUUGUUUGAAGGCAUUUUCUAAUUCUUCAGGUUUAAAGAAACAUUUAAGAGUCCAUACUGGUGAAAAACCCUAUUCGUGUGAAUGUUGCUCAAAAGCAUUUUCUAGUUCCUCAGAGUUGAAGCAACAUUUAAGAGUCCAUACUGGUGAAAAGCCCUAUUCGUGUGAAUAUUGUUUGAAGGCAUUUUCUAAUUCUUCAGGUUUAAAGAAACAUUUAAGAGUCCAUACUGGCGAAAAGCCCUAUUCGUGUGAAACUUGCUCAAAGGUAUUUUCUAAUUCUACACUUUUAAAGCAACAUUCAAGAGUCCAUACUGGUGAAAAACCCUAUUCGUGUGAAUGUUGCUUAAAGGCAUUCUCUAGUUCCUCAGAAUUAAAGCAACAUUUAAGAGUCCAUACUGGCGAAAAGUCCUAUUCGUGUGAAUAUUGUUCGAAGAGAUUCUCUAACAAUUCAAAUUUUAAGAAACAUGAAUGCUAUUACAUUGUCAAAGAUAGUUUCUUUGACUGUGUUGUUUUGAACUCACCGCCUCAAUUGUGA